AUGAUGUUACCAAAGAUCGAUAAAUCAUCAAUUGAUGGUGAUAAAGAUUAUAAACCACCAACUUCAUUCCCCAUUGGUCCUCAUUUCACUAAGUAUAAGAAAAAUCCUAUUAUGAAACCAAAUCCUGAUAAUGAUUUUGAAAGUGCUUAUCUUUACAAUGCUACAGCAAUUGUGAUCGACGAUAAGGUGUUUCUCCUAUAUCGAGCCCAAAAUUCCGCUAAAGUUAGCUCCGUUGGUUUGGCAUGGUCGAGUGAUGGGUAUAAUUUCAUCAGGUAUCAUAAACCUAUCUUAUAUCCAACUGAAAAAUGGGAGAAAGGGGGCGGUUGUGAAGAUCCUAGAAUCAUAAGAGAUCCAAUAACCAAAAAAUUCAUUAUGACAUACACUGCUUAUGAUUUAUCCACCGCUAGGUUAUGUGUGGCAGUUUCCGAAGAUUUAUUCAAUUGGAAGAAAUAUCCUCCCAUUAUUAGUCCUGACGAGAGUUGGCAUGAUAUUGCAUUGGAUUCUCAUGGGAAUAAGCUAAUAAGACAAGCAUGGCUGAAGUCAGGAGCAGUAUUUGUUGAUCGUCAUAAAGAUGGGAAGUAUUAUAUGAUAUGGGGUGAUUCAGCUUUCCAUUUAGCUGUGAGUGAUGAUUUAGAACAUUGGCAAUUGACUUCAACUGUUUUAGAAGAGAAUACUUUCGCCAAUGGAGAGUUCGAUUGGCAGAAUAAACUUAUUGAGCCAGGAUCAGCUCCUAUAAAGAUUGAAUAUCCUGCCGAUUCUGACAAAUCUAAAAACCAUUAUAUCUUAUUUUACAAUAACGCCACAAUAGGAGGAAUCUAUCCCACCGAUACUUAUGUGAUUUCUCAGAUGUUAAUCGACUAUGAUGAUUUAUCGUCUCCUUUAGCUAGAAUGGAUAAACCAUUUUUAAUACCUGAGAAUCCAAACGAAGUCAAUGGACAAGUAGAUAAAGUAGUAUUCACCGAAGGUUUAGUGCAAUUUCAUGGCAAGUGGUUCUUGUACUUUGGACAAGGAGAUUCCGAAUUAGGUGUGGCUACUUGUGAUAUAUAA